AUGUCGCGCUGUGCGGCGGUGCGGGUGCUGCGGCUGGGCGCGGUGCCGUACGCGGAGGCGCUGCGGGUGCAGGAGCGCUGCGUGGCGGCGGCGCGGGCGGCGCGGGGCCCGGUGGCGCUGCCGGGGCCGGGGCCGGGGCCGGGGCCGGGGCCGGGGCCGGGGCCGGGGCCGGGGCGGGCCGGGCCCGAGGCGCCGCCGGCGGAGAGCGUGGUGCUGAGCGAGCCGGCGCAGCCCGUGUACGCCUGGGGGCUGCGCGGCGCUCCGGGCGCGGCGGCGGCCGCGGCGCUGCGGGCGCGGGGCGCGGCGCUGGUGGCGGCGCGGCGCGGAGGCCACAUCACUUUCCACGGCCCCGGGCAGCUGCUCGCCUUCCCCGUGCUCGACCUGCGCCGCCGCCGCCUCCCGCUCCGCGCCUACGUGGCCGGGCUGGAGGCGCUGGUGGUGCGGCUGUGCCGCCGCCUCGGGCUGGGCGCGGCCCGCGCCCUCCCGCCGCCCUUCACCGGGGUCUGGAUGGGCGACAGCAAACUCUGCGCCAUCGGUGUGCACUGCAGCAACCACAUCACCUCGCACGGGCUGGCGCUGAACUGCUGCACCGACCUCACCUGGUUCGAGCACAUCGUCCCCUGCGGGCUGGAGGGGAAGGGAGUCACCUCGCUGAGCCACGAGCUGGGCCAGCACGUCGCCGUCAAUCACGUCCUCGAGCCCUUCCUCGACUCCUUCCAGGAGGUGUUUGACUGCACUUUGGUCUCUUCGGAAGACCCCGGGGAUUAG